AUGGCCAUGUGCACCGGAUUCUCCUUCGGCACCGAGCCCUUCGAUCCCACGAACCGCUUCGAAACGUCAUGGCUCCUCCCGCCCUGGAUGCUCCUCGCCUGCCGGGCUCUGAUUAGCAUUUACAUCUUCACGACGCUCUUCUUCAUCAUGGGCUACACGUGCUCCGACGCCUCUCUGGGCGGCUGCCUCGCCGUGCGCCGGUCAUUCUCCUACUUCACCGUCAUCACCUUCUGGGGCCUGGGCUUCUAUUUUGCCGUGUCGUCUGUCCAUACGCUCACGUACGUGCUGCGGCGGCGGCCGCUGCUCGCCUCCUUCCCGCGGCCCCUGCAGGCCCUCCACUCGCUCUUCUACACGUCCGUCGUCACGCUGCCCUUUCUCGUCACCAUUGUCUACUGGGCCGUGCUGUACAAGGCCCCCUGGUUCGAGCUCGUCUUCGACGCCUGGCACAACGUGACGCAGCACGGCCUCAACUCGCUGUUUGCCUUGUUCGAGCUUGUCUUUGCGAGGACAGAGGCCCCGCCGUGGGCGCACUUGGCCUGGUUGAUUGCCGUCUUGCUGGGCUACUUGGCCAUCGCCUUCAUCACGCUGGCCGCGCAGGGCUGGUACACGUAUAGCUUCUUGGACCACAGCGCGGUUGGCGGGAGAGGGUACGUCGCUGCUUAUGUGGUGGGCAUUGCCGUUGGCGUGGUCGUGGUCUUUGCAAUUGUUUGGGCUGCCAUUCGGCUGCGCAAAUGGGUCACCGAGGUUAAGUUGGGCAGGACCGGCAAGUUUGUCGUCGAGAGAAGGGCGGAUGUGGAAAUGCGCCAUCAAGCCAAACCUGACGGGCAAGGGCACAUGCUGCGUUAA